AUGGACUCCCAACAAUCAUUCAAACAAUCCUUUGAGAAGUUUUGGAAGAACGAAGCGUACCAUGACAUUGUGUUGAAGUGCAGCGAUGGGUUGGAGGUCCCAGCGAAUCGAUACGUACUAGUAGUUGCGGCGCGCAGCUCUGUCUUUGAAAAGAUGCUUCUCGGCCAUUUCGGGGAGACCAAGAGCGACGCUGUGGAAUGCAAUUAUCCCAGGGACAUCAUGAUGGCUGUAUUGGAAUUUAUGCAUACAAACGAUGCGCAACUAUUGAAACCCACUAUUGGGGCGACAUAUGAUGACAACGACGCGGUUCAGCUCACGGAAAUGGACCUUGAUUGGAUCCAGAAGCAGGUGAAAUUGGCCGCAGCAUCAGUAUAUUAUGAUUUGCCGGAGCUGGGCAAACGAGUUGAUUGUGUUGUGUUGAAGGUAAUGCUAUACAACCAAACGCUUGCCUUUCAAGCCAAUUUCGCUCUUUCAGCCAUUCGGUCAAUGACUGUCGACAUUGACUCUUUGCAAGAAGCAACAAUUCGUCUCUUGAGUGUUCAAACGAUUCGCGAUAUUCUCAUUGACGAAAACUUGCAGAUGGAUGAGUCCACGCUUUUUGAGGUCGUCAGAAUCUGGUCGGCGGGACAUGAGGAAGAACGAAAAUCGAGCGCAAGAAAGCUGGUGGAGCAGCACACGUCCGCUUGGACCAAAUUGAUCCAGAGAUCCUCUUGUCAUCUGUGA